GACCUGUGUUCACUGGUGACUUUUCCUGCAGCAGCCACCUCCAGCCUGUCUGUCUCCUUCUCUUCUUUCCAAAAGCAUCCCGCCAGCAAGCACCAUGCCUCCGAAGAAGCCUGAACCUAAGAAGGCACCUGAACCCAAGAAGGAAGAACCCAAACCAGCACCUAAACCAGCAGAACCAGAGCCCAAAAAAGAGGUUGAAUUUAACCCAGCUUCUAUCAAAGUUGAAUUCACCCCUGAUCAGAUUGAAGAAUUUAAGGAAGCAUUCUCACUUUUUGACCGUACUCCCAAAUCUGAGAUGAAGAUCACAUAUGCACAGUGUGGAGAUGUCUUGAGAGCUCUGGGGCAGAAUCCAACCCAGGCUGAGGUCAUGAAGGUGCUUGGCAGACCCAAACAAGAAGACAUGAAUUCCAAGAUGAUUGACUUUGAGACCUUCCUGCCCAUGCUCCAGCAUAUUGCCAAGACAAAAGACACAGGCACCUAUGAGGACUUUGUGGAGGGUCUGCGUGUGUUUGACAAGGAGGGAAACGGAACAGUGAUGGGGGCUGAACUCCGCCACGUUUUGGCUACACUGGGUGAAAGGUUGACUGAAGAGGAAGUUGAUAAGCUAAUGGCUGGCCAGGAAGAUGCCAAUGGUUGUAUCAACUAUGAAGCUUUUGUGAAACAUAUCAUGGCUAACUGAACACCAGGACAAGACAGGCGUGGAGAAGCCCAGAAUGUGGCCUUGGAUUUUGAUUUAUGUGAUGUCUUCUCAUUUUUCAGCCCAGAUUCCCACUACAGAGCUUUAAAACAUACCACCCCUGGAGUUAUUUGUAUAAAUGUUUAUUGUUUGUUUUGUCUUGUUUCCUCAUGGGAAGAAAACAGGAAACUGAACAAACAUAGAACCAGAACCAUGAAUACCUGGGCUUUUGUAAAUGCAAUAAGAGAAAAGAAACUAAGCCAACUGCAUGAAUCUCAUGUGUGCAAGGAAUAUUCUUAGUCUUUGGUGAAAAACAGCAAAAAUAGAAUUCCCAGCAAUCAGCAACAAAUGCAAGAUUGUUUUAUAUGUUUCUCAGCUUUGGAAGACACCACCUUUAACAUGUGAGAUGUAAAGGAUGAAAAACACAAAACAAAGGCUUUACUGCUAGAAUGCAUCUCUUUUUCUGUGUUCUCCAUAAGGAUAUGUUCUCAUUUUAACAGUCUGUUUUAUGAAACAAAUGAAAUGUUUUUCCCAAUGAAGACUUUGAAAUUGUUCCAUUAUGCAUUUCUUGGUCCUGUUUUUCCUGCAGUAAAACAUGGGAUUCUUUGUCUCUUG